GUCGCAGCUAAUCCUCAGCAGCUUACUCAACUCUUACUUCUCGUAAGAGGGUUUUACCAGCAGCACCAAUGCCCAAGAAUUCUCCCCAAACAAGCUCUGGAUCCUCUGUUUAUCGCACCGGAGCAGGAAAACAAACCUAGUUACAGCAGCUGGGAGGAGCUGAGGGGAGAACGGUAGACCUGGUUCAUCGGCCCUGAGCCAGUCCUGGUAGCCCGAGGGAGUCGGACAGCCUUGGUAGGAACAUGCACUUCUGGAGCAAUGCGCUCACUUUGCUGCUGCUGCUUCUAUGUCUGCUGUGGAGGGUGCUGGAGGUGAAAGGGCAGGAGCGAGGGUACCUGCAGGAGGCUCUCAGGGCCUUGGAUCUGCCCCUGGGUAAAGACGAUGAGCCACAGCUCCAAAAGAACUACACCGGUGUCCUGAUCACCAAGCUCCUCCAGGCAGUGAACUGUGAAGGGCAGAUUGGCACCUCUCAGGACAUUUGUAACAAGUGCCUGACACCAGACGUAGCUCUCUCUGUGCUAGAGGAUGAUGGGAAAACUUACCUCACUAAGGAAGACUACCAGCGGAUCUCCACAGUUCUGCUGUACUACAUAAUAAACUUACAAGACCUGUGCGUGUCAAAUGCUGCAUCUCCUUCCUCCCUUUCCACCUCCUCCUCCUCAUUUGGGAAUUAUCAGUACUACCUUUUGGCCCUCACCAAUCUACACCCAGCUGAGGACAACCUCUUCCUAUCGUCCAGAGAAACAGAAAGUAUUCUGCAGCUCAUCAACCAGCACUACCAACCAUCCAAUCAAGACAACUCAUCUGAUUUGCAAUGUAUUGAUGCCGCUCACCUCCUUGAAGAUAUUAACGUGCAAGAAAAUCCAGGUGCUAGUGCAUCUUCUGUGCCCAAACUGGCUGCAGCCAUUAUCAGCCACAUCCUGCAGGGCCACUGUUUCAGAUGGAGGAACCUCCCGUCUCCUGCUUUCUUUACCGACUAUAUCUUUCAAUCCUUCAAUCGCACAAGUAACCUGCAAAUAAAAGACUUAGAGGAGCUGCUUCAUCAGCUGGGAGUCGGACAGGAAGGAGUAACACACUCUCGCAACAGGAAGAUGGGGGGCCUCACGGGGAGUUCACAGAAAGGGGCUGGGCGUCCGCUGGAUGGCUGCAAACGUGAAACUGGAGCAAUAAGCAGAGACUGGGCACAGGUAUGUUUUUCAGCCAAUCAGCUGGUGGAUACUUUUGCUCUGAAUCCUCAUUUGCCAAUUUCCAAGGAGCACUUCAGACAAAUUUGUCCAGCCAUCAUUCAACAGUUGCUAGGCAAUGCCUGUGAGUCUGCAGAGCAAAAAACAAGAGGAUCUCUGCCCACUGCUCUCGAGAAGUAUGGCUACAGCACGGCUGCUGUUCUGCUCAUCACGAUGGGCUCCAUGCUCGGCAUCUGCCUGAUCUUCUUCAACUCCUGCCAGGAAACCUACACCCUCAUCCUGCAGCUGUUUGUGGGCCUGGCAGUAGGGACCCUCUCAGGAGAUGCACUCCUGCACCUCAUACCACAGAUCCUUGGCCUCCAUGAUGACACUCACAGUCAUGGUGACGAACACUUAUCAGAAGGAAAGGAGUAUCUGUGGAGGAUUCUGGGCAUGAUUGCAGGGAUCUACGGCUUUUUCCUUAUCGAAAGAAUGUUCUCUUUUUUUGUUCCCUCUCAUGGCCACGUAAGGGGUCAUUCUAGCGACCUUCCCCUAGAGCUCAACUGCAAUGGUCAGUCUCAGAGGGGCAAGUCCAUCUCCACCAUACAGCUGGGACCAGUGGAUGACUUGGAGUGUACAGAACUAUCUCCUGAGCACGCCGACACAAUGAGGCCUUCACAUCAGAGACAAGGGGUUCCUCUACUGGCUGUCAUGGUAAUCGUGGGAGACAGCCUUCAUAACUUUGCCGAUGGCCUGGUUGUCGGGGCGGCCUUCUCCUCUUCAGCCGAGACCGGCAUGGCGACCACCGUGGCCAUCCUGUGCCAUGAGAUCCCGCACGAGAUGGGGGAUUUUGCAGUGUUGCUCAGCUCCGGACUCUCAGUGAAGACUGCCGUUCUAAUGAACUUUCUCAGCGCUCUGACAGCCUUCAUGGGCCUCUACAUCGGACUGUUUGUUUCCUCUGAGAUGGAAGUGCAGCAGUGGAUCUUCGCUGUUACUGCUGGGAUUUUCCUAUAUUUGUCCCUGGUAGAAAUGCUCCCAGAGAUGAGUAGAGUGAAGACUGACAGACCGUAUCUCAUGUUUCUCCUACAAAACCUCGGCCUAUUGAUGGGUUGGGCAUGUCUCCUGCUCCUCGCACUCUUUGAACAUGAACUCAAAUUCUAAACGCAGUGUACGACAUAUCUCUUCACAUGGGGAUGAGUUGAAGAAACAUGUUACUGCCACCUGGACUUUUUAACAACUCAUAACUGGUCAAUGAGUGGGUAUUUAUGAUGUUGUAGUCUCUGGAUGAUAAAUGUACAUUAGCAGUUUGAAGCCUCUCUUUUGUAUACUAUAUGAUUUGUUUUUGUAUGUUAGGUAUCAUGGGUGUCUGUGUCUGGACACUACGUAGUUUCUCUAAUGACCUUAUUUGGCCUUUGACCUUUAUUGUGCAUAUCUGUAAUAUAUUUACGUGGCCUCACAAUCAAACAACUUGAUUUUAAAGAAAUUUCUCACCUGCAAAAUAUAAAGUACUGCAAAUCUACUUGUUUUGGCUUGUAUGUGUAUGAAUAUUAUGUCAUUGUCUUCAUACUGAUAUACUGAUUUAUACUGUGAUUUAAAAGGUCAUCAAGUUAUGUGGGUUUUUGUUGAUUUAGUACAAUGCACACUUUAUUUUACAGUAUUUGCCAGAAAGUUUCCUGAAAUUUCUGUGAAAUUUGGACUAAUUAUAAAGUUAGUAUUGCCCUUCCAUGAAUUAGAGGACUCACAAAAUACACAUUUUAAAAAGAUCAGAUUUUUUGUCCCUCCCUGCCAGGUAUAUACCCAUGUCUUUCAAAGUCAUCACUCCCUUUUAUUUCAAGCAAAUUCAUAUAUUAUAUAUUAUCUUACCAUAUUUCUUUCCAGGCAACUUCAAAGAAAAUUAUUAGAACAUUAGGACCCCAAAAAUAAAGCUUUAUUUGAUUAGAACUUACUUUAAAUGUACAAAACUCUUAAUAUAGCAAUGUAUAUAUAUAAACUCUUAUAUUAUUUACAAAGAAAAAGAGUAAUACAGCUUUGUUAGGCACAAGCUGCUCUAAAAUAAAUGUAUUUUUGAAGCUCUGUUUGGAGAAACGUCUCUCUCUUUCAGCUUCUCAUCUCAGAGGCAUUGUUCUUUGUUUUUGAGGCCUCUCUGUGAUCCAAUAUGAGGGCAGUUCC